GUGACAGACAGCCCAGCAACCAUAACAGCACACGCUCUCCUCGGCCGCGUCGCACCGGAGAAGAUGUCGUGGUUCGGCGGGCACCACCACAACCAGCCGGCUCCCCCGGCGUCGGGCCCCAACCAGUUGUUCAAGAUCUUCUGCCGCGCCAACGAGAACUACUGCCUCGCCGUCCGCGACGGCAACGUCGUGCUGGCCCCCGCCAACCCCAAGGAUGAGUACCAGCACUGGUACAAGGACAUGCGCUUCAGCACCAGGGUGAAGGACGAGGAGGGCAUGCCGGCCUUUGCGCUCGUCAACAAGGCCACCUGCCUCGCCAUCAAGCACUCCCUCGGUCAGUCCCACCCCGUGAAGCUGGCGCCGUUCAACCCGGAUCACGAGGACGCGUCGGUACUGUGGACGGAGAGCAAGGACGUCGGCAAGGGCUUCCGCUGCAUCCGCAUGGUGAACAACACCCGCCUCAACUUCGACGCCUUCCACGGCGACAAGGACCACGGCGGCGUGCACGACGGCACCACCGUCGUGCUGUGGGAGUGGUGCAAGGGCGAGAACCAGAGCUGGAAGAUCCUGCCGUGGGGGCCCGAGGCGCACUCGCCCGCGGCGGGCCCAGGCAACGCCGCCGUCAUGGGCGUCCCCGUGCACACCGUGCGCGUCUUCUGCAAGGCCGGUGAGGACUACAGCCUCACCGUGCGCAACGGCACCGCCUGCCUCGCACCCACCAACCCCAGAGAUGAGUACCAGCAUUGGAUCAAGGACAUGAGGCACAGCAACAAGGUCAGGGACGAGGAAGGGUACCCUGCGUUCGCGCUGGUGAACAAAGUCACCUGCGAAGCCAUCAAGCACUCCACUGGCCAGAGCCACCCUGUGAAGCUGGUGCCCUACAACCCCGAGUACCAGGACGAGUCGGUGCUGUGGACGGAGAGCCGCGACGUGGGCAACGGCUUCCGGUGCGUGCGCAUGGUGAACAACAUCUACCUCAACUUCGACGCCUUCCACGGCGACAAGGCCCACGGCGGCGUCCACGACGGCACCGAGGUCGUGCUCUGGAAGUGGUGCGAGGGCGACAACCAGCGCUGGAAGAUCCUCCCCUGGUAGAUGAUGAUGGUGGAAGCCAGGCGCUGCUACCUAAUAAUAAUGGAUGCUGCGUUGAAAUAAAACUGUGUGCGGUGUAUCGCAAAUUUCGGAAUGGCAUUUGUGUCAGACUGCCAGUCGCAGUGCGAGUGUGCGACCAGUGUCGCUCUGUGAGCCUGGUUUUAUAUGGGAAAGGAGAGACUUGAGUGUGUGAGGAGGAGGGGGGCACCUGAUUCUGCAUUUGGAUGUAAUCGUCUGUCUUUCUUCUAUUGCCGACGUCUCUACUCUGAACUUUCUAUCA